AUGUCCGCAACUACUAUCUUGAAGCUGAGCGAGGUGCCACUCCUAUUCGGCGCCGGGAUCGUGCUCGUGCUCGUUGUUGCCUCCAUCCUCCAUAGGCGUGCUAGUACUCUUAUCAACGUCCGCGGGCCGAAGUCUACAUCCUUCUGGCUGGGCCACGAGAAGGACGUGCGAUAUCAGAACGAAGUCGGUGAUGUCGAGUUUGAGUGUUUGCGCAAGUACGGUGGUGCUUGGAAGACGUCGGGUGUUAUGGGAGAGGAGCAGCUGUACAUCGCCGACCCGAAAGCCAUGCAGUAUGUCUUGAUGACGGGCGGAUACCGCUUUCCGAAACGCCCGGACAUGUUGGCGCAAGUGCGGAUGAUACUGGGUGACGGUAUCGUAUGGCAGCAUGGGGAACAGCACAGGCGGCAUAGGCAGAUCAUGAACCCCGCUUUCACACAGGCUCAACUGAAGUCCUUCUUGCCGAUCUUCCAAGCGCACGCACACACACUGGCCGAGAAGUGGAGGCAAGAGGAGAUCGCGCCAAGUGCGGAUGGUAAGGCGUUCUUCAACGUACAUGGUUGGCUAUCGCGGACCACGCUCGACAUUAUCGGCGCAACGGGUUUUGGAUUUCACGUCGGCGCACUCGAUAACUGUAAGAACGCGCUGAGUAAGGUCUAUGACAACCUGUUUGUCGACUCGGUACUGUACCCUCACGCGUGGGAUGUCGUCUUCCGAUCCUUCUGGCAACACGUUCCACCUAGCAUGCUGUACUACCUGCGCUACCUCCCCAGCCGCGAGUACGCCCGCUUCAGGGGCUUCCUUGACUUCACGCGCACCUUUGGCAAGGACCUCGUUACUCGCAGCGAGGAGAAGUCCGAUAGUAAGGACAUCAUGAGUGUGCUCCUUCGUGCAAACGCGGCGGAGGAUGAACGGUCUCGGCUCACCGACAGCGAAGUCAUAGACCAGAUCUCCACUAUCUUGCUAGCAGGUCAUGACACAACCGCUUCAUCGCUGACAUGGUGGUUCUUGGAGCUCGCACGCAACCCGAGCUGGCAAACGCGCGUACGCGAAGAAGUGCGCGCGGCGCGACAGAAGCUCGCGGAUGCCGGCGUCGACGAGUUCUCGCUUUCGGACCUCGAGGGCAUGACAGUGAUGCAGGCGACGUUGAAGGAGAGCAUGCGAUUGCAUCCCAUCGUACCAACGCUGUUCCGUGUAGCAGGUCAAGACGAGGUUCUGCCACUUCAGCAUCCCAUCGUUGGUGAGGACGGCCAGAAGAUGUCUUCCAUCCCCGUUCACAAAGGUCAAAUCAUCAACAUCUCCGUUGCUGCGUACAACAGGAAUCCUGAAGUUUGGGGAGUAGACGCUGCGUCAUGGAACCCUGAGAGGUUCGUGCAGAUGGACAAGCGGUCAAUGGUAUCGCUCGGUCCCUACGCCAACGUGGGAAACUUCGCCGCUGGAGUACGAGGUUGUCUCGGUUGGCGCUUUGCAAUCAUCGAGAUGCAAGCCAUUGCCGCGACGUUAAUCGAGAAGUUCGACUUCGCUCUACCGCCUCAAACGAAGGAGAACAAAAUCCGCCGGAUGCCUGCCGUGCUCAUGGCACCUAUGGCGGAGGGGCACCAGGGCGUGUGGAUGGGUUUGAAAGUGAAAAGUGUAGCGUAA